UAUUAUGAUUCCGAAGAGACCAGCAACAGUAUCUACAGCCGUAGUCUGAGAGUAAUUGUAAAUAUUGCGAUUUUUGGAAGAACGCUUUUGUUCAGUCUUUUUUACGAUUUGCCAUUUGAGGCUAAUUUUCCUGAGGAGAGGGAGUCGAGUGCUUAAAUUUCGCGUGAAGUUUUCAAGAUUAAGAAAUGGCUUAUUACAAUGUUCCUCAGACAUAUAUGCCAUCUGCGCCACCACUUGCGUAUGAGGCUCCACAGGUGAGGAUGGAGGUCCUGUAUAGGCUCAGUAUGGAAUGCAACAACAGGUGCAAAUGGCAGUUCCUCAACCAAUAGCCUCCCAGCCAAUGAUGCAGUCUCCUAAUUACUUAACACAACCUACCAUGAUGCAGCCACAAAUGGUUUCCCCUCAACCUGCUAUGACUUCCCCUGCACAGAUGGUUUUUCCCCAGACAGUAAUGCAGCAACAACCCUUCGCUACUCAGUCUAUGCCUACUACAGCACAAAUUCCGGUACAGGCAGUUCCAGCAUCUGUUGCACAGCCUUUGGUACAGCAGUACCCGACCAUGCAAGUUGCGCAGCCUGCUGGAGCAGUCUUGCCAUAUACACAAAUGACGGCACGAUAUAUGUGAAGACCGUAUGAUGGUGUCCACCCAGCCUUCAGCGUCAGCGGAGUUAAGAAAUUUACCAAAGGUUUUAUAGCGGGGGACUAUUUUUAAAGAUCCUUUAAAUUAAACUAAUCUUUUUAAUGUAAUGACUUUAAAUUGACCAAAUGAGCAUUGUGGUUAGUCUUAAGUUUUCAGUAGUUUACGCUGCAAAUUGAGGUACUCAAUUAUGGUGUUUACGGCGAAAAUUUAUUUACUAUCGAAUUUUUUUUGUACUUUUCGUUUUUAACAUAUAAAGUGUAGUGUGGGAAUUGCCAUGCGAAACAUCUAAAUUAUGAUUUUGCAGGAAACUGUUAUGAUUUUAGUUAACAAUUCUGUUAGAAAAUUUUGCUGGUUUUAACGCAUUGUUGGCCAGAAGUGUGUGUAGUACUGUGAUAUGAAAAGUAACCGGUUCGUAUUUGCAGGUCUGUAUGAAUCCAGAAUGGUUCUUGAAAAUAUUUUUUUCUAGAUUUAUCAUUGUACGUACGUCCUACUUUAUAUACAAGUUUGUGGAGUAACAUGGUAUAAUAAGUGUUAGAAUUUUCAUAAGCAAUGAACUCUGGUUUUUUACUCUGUAGUAGUUUGAAAGCUUUUGCCUUUUUUUUCUGGACGCCGAGAAAAUACUAUAUAAUAUGAAAACUGUUUUAAGGGCGGUUAAAGUUCUGUGGAUGUCUGAUUUUAAUUUAAAUAGCAAUGAUACUUGACAAUUAGUUGGUUCUUCAGUUUACGCUGUAAAUUACCCAUUAUCGUUGAAAUGGGUGAUAUAAGAACUAAACCCAUUAAGUUGGAAGGAGCAUUAAUUUAGGGAUCUAAAGUUUUAAGAGAAUGGAUUGUGUGUACUGAUAAUUGUGUAAAUUGAUUUGUGUAUAAUAUAGUUUACCAGCAAA